AUGGUGUUAAAAUUUUUUAAAAAAGUCGACUACAACAAUGAAGGAAUCAUCACCAAAAAAAAGCUCUACAAAUUUUACAGUAUGAAAAGUAGAAACGAAAUCGGCUCCAAUGACAAGCGAAAAUAUAAUUCAAUCUUCACAUCGGUACGUAAACCGGAACAAAACGCAUAG